AUGGGUGAUUAUGACCGGCGACGCAAUGGGGGUGGCGGUGGUGGCGGCGGGCACAAUCGCAAACGCCGCUACCGCGAGGACGACGAGCAAGAUUAUCGCCAACAACGCCGACGCCACGAACCCCCUCCGCUCCCUGUCAGAAUUCGCAAGCAGCUCCUCAACAUAGCGGAGUCGCCUCUGCGUCGAUGGCACGAGGAGGUCCAGUCCAUUGCCCAUAUUGUGGCCGACAAUGUAGAUGACACGGAACUGCGCGAAAACUUUAUCGACUUGGUGCUCCAGCUUGCCGUUGAGCAGCCCUUGAAGACUCCAUUCACCGCCGCGGUCAUCCUGUUCAUCAAUACACUACGCCCAGAAAUUGUGGAGGAUAUCCUGGGCAGACUCAGCAUCGCCACGGAGACGAAGAUCAGAGAAGGCCACUGGAGGGAUGCCAAGCUGCUGCUCAAGCUUUUUGCCUGCCUGCAGAGCUGCUUGGGGGGCGAUGGAAUUUUCCCCAUCCUAGAGGAACUGCUUGGGCGAGCGCUGGAUCUGCAGACUGCCAGCUCGGAAGACACGAUUGGCACCGAGCUCGUCAAAAUCAUCCUUCUCACGAUUCCAUACAUCAUGGCCGCACACCCAGAGCAGUGGCAGCACAAGGCUGCUCAGCUCAUGGGUAGCACCGAGAUCAUUGCUUCUGAGCCGCACCCACUCCAAGCCUUGAUUGACCCGUUCCUUCCCGAGGCGGAGGGUGCGGCCACGGGCUCCGCAAGCAUCAUCAGCCUGUUGCAGCGCCAGCUUCAAUCCGAGGCUUCUGAUGGGUGGAAACUGGCUUGCCUGCCUCGGCCGUGGGAGAUGCCUCUGGAGGAGAUUGAGGCCAUGGAGAAGCUCGAGAACGCCACGAAGCACGACCUGCCAGUCAUUACUGUUCCCGAAAAGGUCAUUGCUGGGCCACAGCCUCUCUUUCCCGAAGUGCACUUUUCCGUCUAUGCCGAUCAAGACAUUCCUUCCGUGCCGCCUAUCACCGACAUUGCCUCUUCUCUGAUCCGAGAUGCGCUCGUGGACACGAUCAACAUUCUUGACUUCAACCGCAAUGCCACGGCUAGGUUCUUGGUCGAUGUCGACUGCUACUUUUCGGAUUCCACGUUUGUGAAGCGUGCCACACCGUUCGACCGACUGCGAGACAUUCCUUCUGGAAGAUCCACGUGGAAGCCAGAGGAUGUCGCCGUGGACGCCGUUUUCUCUCAGCUGCACCAAUUGCCCGCAGCGGAGCACAAGCUCGUUUAUUAUCACAGCGUCCUCACCGAGGCGUGCAAGCAGGCUCCCGCCGCUAUCGCGCCGAGUCUGGGCCGUGCCAUCCGCUUUCUGUAUCACGCCCAGAGCCAGAUGGACUUGGAACUGAGCUACAGGUUCCUUGACUGGUUCGCGCACCACCUGAGCAACUUUGGCUUCACGUGGAAAUGGACCGAAUGGGUCAAUGACGUGUUCUUGCCUGAUAUUCACCCGUCCAAGGCGUUCAUCAGAGGUGCCCUUGACAAGGAAAUCAGAUUGAGCUUUGCUCAGCGCAUCAAGAACACGCUUCCCGAAGAAUACCAGAGCUUGAUCUCACCUGACACGGAGAAGGACGUCCCCGACUUCAAGUUCUCUGACGAGACCACGCCGUUCUCUGCCGAGGGCCGGGAGCUAGCGGCACUCCUCAAGCGCAAGGUGCCUGACGAGGAUUUCCAACCCGUGCUCGACCGAAUCCACGCGGCCGCGACGGAGCAUAGCUUGGACGCGCUGGUCACCAGCACAGAUGUGUUUGUCACGGCUGUCUGCUGGGUCGGCUCCAAAUCCCUGAGCCACGUGCUGGCUUGCAUUGAGCGUGUUAAGGACCGCUUAUUGGACAUUGGUGCCGCGUCGGAAGCGGCUCGCGCGCAGAUCAUCACGGCCGUCAUGGCAUACUGGCGAGCACAACCGGGCGUUGCCAUUUCAAUCAUCGAGAAGCUGCUCAACUACUCCAUCUUGACGCCCUUGUCGGUUAUUGAAUGGUCGCUCGUGUACAACCACAGCGAGCGCGAGGGCGAUGCACUGGCCGAGGCGCAUGUUUUCGAGCUCGUGUCCAACACGGUGACCAAGGUGACGGGCCGCGUUCGUCAGAUCAUGACUGCUCCGGAACUCGAUGCGGAUGCUGAGGCAAGCAAGGAGCUCGACAAGAAAGCCAUGAGAGACUUGUUCUCAUCGCUCAAAGAUGCUCUGUCAAGCUGGAAGGCGGGAAUCAAGGAUGAAAUGUUGGACGAGCCCGACAGUGAAGAGCGCAAGGCUCAUCUUCAGCGCUGGGGCGCGCGCUGGCUGCGUGUGUUUGAGCGCAAGUCAGCCAUCGAAGAGGCAUUCUUGUUGGACGUGAAGAACGCAGUCCAGAAUCUGUGCGAGUAG